CUUCUCUUUCUCAUUCUUUAUCAUGUUUGCAGAUUGUUUAUAUAUUUUAACUAUUUUAUUUCACCAAUUGGUGUCUUUUUAAUGUAUGGAUGUGGCGCAGACUUGUGUAUUAACAUACAUUUGUUAACCUGUCUUGGUUAUAUUCCUGGUCAUAUUCAUGCUUUCUAUCUCAUGUUAACACGUCCUUCAACUAGAAGAAAUCAACCCAUUUAUAUCCAAUCUCAAAACUAUUCUACUUUACCACCUCAGCAAGGACCCUACAUGCCACCACCUCCUCAAUAAACUUUUUAUUAACGAGCUAAUAUAAGUGUAUAUGCAUGUGUACGUGUACGUGUAAGUGUACGUGUACGUGUGUAUUAUAUAAAAAGUGUUUAUGGUACAAUAAACUAUCAAAUAAAAUAAGAAUAUAGUUUACAAUAA